AUGGCGGACGAGAUUAGUUACAAGACAGAGAACGUUGCAGCGACGAGGGUAGCUUCGGAAGACAUCGACAAGACUUUUCGGUCAACAUGCAUUGAUAUGAUAUCGGCGGCGCUGGGGGGCAAAGUGCUCGCCUGCUCAGACGAGUGGUUUGCUGAGGCAGCCAACCUUUUGACACCCACGCCCCCUAUUCGACAGCCUGGAAAGAUGGUGUACACUGGAGCAUGGUAUGAUGGAUGGGAGACCAGGCGACACAACCAAGAGCCGUUUGACUGGGUUAUCAUCCGCUUGGGCGUCGCCUCCGGCAGCGUGGAGGGGGUCGAGGUCGACACGGCCUUCUUCGCUGGGAAUCACGCUCCGGGAAUCUCUGUCGAAGGCUGCUUCAAUCUCAACGACGACGAGGUGGCAUCGUGGAAGGGUGAGCGUGGUGGGUGGGAGACGAUUCUGGGCUACCAGGAGUGUGGGCCCUCGCAACGCUUUGGAUGGAUAUUAAACGAGCGACCGACAGCCAAGCAGUACACCCACGUACGACUCAACAUGUACCCUGACGGUGGCAUCGCGCGCUUCCGGCUCUUUGGCCAUGCCCACCCCGUCUUCCCCGCCGACAUCAAUGCAGUCUUUGACCUGGCGGCUGCGCAAAACGGCGGCGUGGCCAUCUCAUGCAGCGACCAGCAUUUCGGAACAAAGGACAACCUCCUCCUGCCAGGCCGCGGCAAGGACAUGGGCGACGGAUGGGAGACAUCUCGGUCCCGCGCAAAAGGCCACGAGGACUGGGCCAUAAUCAAACUGGGCGCCGCUGGCUUCGUGGACCGGGUCGUGGUGGACACGGCCUUCUUCCGCGGCAACUUCCCGCAAAAGGUGCGCCUUGAGGCCUUCUCCGCCGCCGACGGAAGUGCCGAUGUCGGACAUGAUGCGGAGGGGUGGGUCGAGCUCGUGGCUGCCAGCAAGUGUGGCCCGGAUCAGGAGCACGAGUUCCAGUCGCUCAUCAAGGACAAGCCAAUUACCCAUGUGAAGCUAGUAAUGAUCCCAGAUGGAGGCAUCAAGCGGGUGCGAGUGUUUGGAAGGAGAGCUGCUCACAUCAUGAAUCUCGGCGAAUCUAGUGGCGGGAUCGAUGGCGGUUUUGGCGAUGAGCAAAAGAAACCUCGCCCCUUGCCGGCCGACCUGCCAAAGUCCCUCAAUGACCGGCGAAUACCAGCAGAGCUCGUCCAAGAAACAGAAUUCUACGACGCCUGGCAAGGGCAAUCCCAAUUUCUGACCUCCCCCAUGACUACGAAGCCCUUGAGCUUUGGCGACCUUUCACUGAACGACCCAGCCUACGACGAUGACAUCACCAAGGGCAUCGAGGACAGCGACUCGAGGUUGAUGGAAAUGAUAGCAGCCCAGGCGGCGCACGCAGCGGGGUCCGAUUUCGUCAACGAGGACGUCGUAGCCAACGACGAGAAGCUCACUGAUGCCGAAAAGACCGCCACCCUGCAGAAGGCACUUGCCAUGGCCGCCAGUAACGGCAAUGUCGACCUUGUCCAGCGGCUCCUGCAGGGCAAGGCAAAACAAUACGUUGACGUCAACGCGCCGGACGAGGACGGCACACCGCCAUUGAUAUACGCAAGCUGCUUUGGACAUGAGGCUGUAGUACAGGCUCUCAUAGACGCCGGUGCCGAUGUGGACAGACAGGACCGGAACCAGUGGAGCGCACUCAUGUGGGCCAUGACGAAUCGUCACAAGACAAUAGCAAAGCUGCUCCUUGACAACGGGGCUUCUGCGGAAACCAAGACAUCCUCGGGACGGACGGCGUUCGACUUUGUUGCUCCGGAUAGCGACAUGUCAUUUUAUCUGCACGACGAGGGCUACAACAUCGGCAAUGCCGGAGUCACGGAUGACUUUUACAGCCCAGGCUUCUCUCAGGACCGUUUUGAAGAAGAGAUGGCCGAAAACGAGCUGCGGAGAAGAAUGAUGAUGGAGAGCGCACGCGACCUCGAGGUUGACCUUGGGAACGUUGGCAUGGAUGAUCAGCCAGAGGCUGCCGAUGAGUUUGACGAGGAAGAAGAACAAGAGUUUGACUGGCUGCGAUGCACUCAUGAUCAAAUGUUUGUUUUCCAGGAGAACGAACUCGACCGCAUUCUUGAUAUCAUCAUAACCAACAUGAGGCCGCAGAGGACCCCUUCACAGAAGCCGGUUCCAGCCAACAUGAUAUUUUUAAGUGCCAGAUACGCACACUACCACUCCAGCUCAGAACUUCUGGCAAAGCUCCUCAUAACAGCCAUGGACAAGAUCAACGACGUGGUUGAGGAACAUCAGUGGGACAUGACUAUAUUAGCUUUUUGGAUAUCAAACGCCACUCUACUCUUGCACUACCUGAAGAAGGAUGCAGGUCUCGUCGGGGCAACGGCCGAGUUUCAGGCACAACUUGCCGAGCUCAUCAACGAAAUCUUUAUCCUGAUCGUGCGCGAUGCCGAGAGGCGAUUAGACAAGGUUCUAGACCCGGCGAUGCUAGACCACGAGACAAUACCAGGUUUUGAAGACAUCACUUUUCAAAACGAGUGGAAACUUUUCAAGCGGAAAAAGGAAGUCAAGGAAGAGCCACUAGAGAGGAGAUACCGACCACCCUCGCCCAAACAGAGGGCCAAGCCGGCGCCGCGCAACGUGACUUCGCUCCUCUCAUCGACCCUUUUUGUUUUGGAUCUUUAUGAUAUCCACUCAGUCAUUACCUGCCAAAUCAUCUCACAACUUCUCUAUUGGAUUGGGGCUGAACUCUUCAACCGCAUCAUGUCGAAUCGCAAAUACCUGGCGCGGACCAAGGCGAUGCAGAUCCGCAUGAACAUUUCAGUUCUAGAGGAUUGGGCGAGACAGAACAACCGAGCACCGGAACACUACGAGCACGGAGAGAUGCGCUCUACUGGUGAAGCGACUGUCGAAGCGGCCAGGCGGCACUUGGCCCCUGUGAUUCAGUUGCUGCAGUGGCUUCAGUGUUUCUCCUCUCUCGGGGCCGACGACCUAGAGGCACUUGUCGGCACGCUGCAACAGUUGAAAUCACUCAGCCCACAACAACUCAUACAUGCUGCCGACCACUACAGGCCGGAGGUGGGCGAGAAAGGCCUACCGAAAAGUGCGUUGAAGUAUCUCGUAGCCAUACAAAAAGAAGCUACGCUCCGGCGCGAGAAGCAAAGAGCCAAGCCAGGGAAUGCCAGUGCGCCGUUGACUCCGGAGAAAGGAGGCGCGAAUGGACAAAAUUUUAAGAAAGGCUCUCCAUCGUCAUCACGCGGGGAUGCAGACGACGACGACGAUGAUGAUGACGACGAUGCGCCAGAGCACCUUCUACUAGACCCGGCCGUCAUGCUCCCGUUCUCAUUACCGUCGGUAACAGACAUGCUAGUCACGUACGGAGCCGGAUUUGGUGGCGUGAACCGGGAGCGGGAGCGCAAGUACAUACCAACGGUUCCGCCGGAGUUCCUAGCAAAGCUGGAGCAACUAAACCAGGCGCAAGGCAGUGGGGGUGGCGUCAAAAAGCCCAUGUUCGGGGAGAAGGACUGGGAGAACGAGGAAGUGUAG